CUGUACAGUUUAUGGUUCAAAUCUGAACCAAAAUCGCACGAGGUUAAGCGUGGACUUGAGUAGUGGCUUCUAUUUUUUGAUUUAUCGUUUCCACAAGAAAUAUUAUUGUACAAUGAUCAUUCCAGUGCGUUGUUUUACCUGCGGUAAAGUAAUUGGCAACAAAUGGGAAGCUUAUCUUGGAUUACUACAAGCAGAAUAUACAGAAGGCGAUGCCCUCGACGCUCUUGGCCUGAAGAGAUAUUGUUGCCGUCGCAUGCUGCUUGGACACGUCGAUCUUAUUGAAAAACUGCUGAAUUACGCUCCGUUGGAAAAGUAACAUGCAGGAAAUAUUUUGGACCACGAUUAUUACAAAACGCGGAGUAACUUGGCGCAAGAAUAUGGCUCACCUAUCGUACAUCGAGUAAGGUGAAAAUUAUUUCGUUGAACAAAACAUUUAGCAAUGCCAGAAUUAAAU